AUGCUGCUGCUGGGUGCUGCUUUGCCACGAUUCUCCUGGAUUGUCCUGGCUGCUGGGGCACUCAUGAUCUCCUUUGCCCGCUGCAUGAAGUGGACCAUCAUCGGUCACCACGUCUCGCACGGAGGCUUCGACAAGCUGCAGAAGACGCAUCCAAAUGCCCUACCAUCGCACUACAAGCGUGGUGUUUUUGCGAUUGGCAUCCGUCGCUUCUUUGAUUGGAUGGACUGGAUGCUGCCCCAGGCUUGGGAUGUCGAGCACAACAAGGCGCAUCACUACUACCUGUCCGAGGAGAAGGAUCCAGACCUUGUCGAGCACAACUUCGAGAUCCUCCGAAAAAUGCCCCUUCCGAUGGCCCUGAAGUAUUUGUCCAUGAUCAUGUGGGUCUUCACAUGGAAGUUUACUUACUACUCGCCCAACACCUUCAAGGAGUUGAUGAACUCAAAGCGCGAGAGCUGGCUGGCGCGAAACUGGCCAGCCGCGGAGAGGAAGACUGAUCCUGUUGUCGUCUUCGAUUGGGUUCGUCGACCUGUGGAGGCACUCAUUACUGGACGCGUCAUGGCUGCGGUCUACUGGAUGGUCUUCUUUGCUCAGUGGUUUUAUGUGAUUCUGCCGAUGCUGGCCACGCUGGCACUUCCAGCUUUGUGGCCGCUACUUCUUGGACAAGCCGGACUUUGGCCCAGCUCCAUCUCUCCCGGCCAGGCGGCGCUCCGGGCGCUGGUGACAUCUGUGACGGCUGACCUGCUCUCCAAUGGACAUUCCUUUGUCAUCAUUGCCUGCAAUCACUCUGGGAACGACAUGUACCGCUACAGCACAUCUUGCAAGGCGUACUCAGCAGAGUUUCUCUUGCGCUGCAGCUACUCCUCGGCCAACUUCGAGACUGGAAAUGACUUGAUUGAUACAGUCUACGGCUGGCUCAAUUACCAGGUGGAGCAUCACAUGUUCCCGGACAUGACGCCACUUCAGUACCGGAAGCUCCAGCCUCUCGUGAAGAGCAUCUGCAAGAAACACAACGUCCAGUAUGUGCAGAUGAACGCUCUGCGACGCACGUGGAUGAUGUUUCAGGUUGCAGUCGGAGACACCGAGAUGAAACGCUGCACGGCCUUGGUGCCGCCGCAGGCCUACAAGAAUUCUUUGGAGCCGAAUUCCUUGGAGCGACUUGGCAUCGCUUGGCUAGGGUAA